UGCUCCCACUGCACAUCCUUCCUCAGCUCCAACCAAACACAGGAUUACAAAUGGUUGUUCAAAUCUGUACUAGCCACCAUCCAAACAGCAAGAUGUCUGAGAUUGGCCACCAACAGCAAAAAGUAGAAGCCAAUAUCUUGGUGCUCGGAGCGGAAAACGUGGGGAAAUCUGCCCUUACUGUUCGAUUCCUCACCAGAAGAUUUAUUGGAGAAUAUGUUGGCACUGAAUCAAUUUACACACACAAUGUGAAUGUCGAUGGUCGAGAGACUCUUUUUAGCAUCUGGGAUUCUGUCUGUCCACAGAACCCUAACCUGAACAAUUGUGUCACCGAAGAACAGUUGCGAUGGGCAGACGGUUUCAUUUUGGUCUAUAGCAUCUGUGACCGUGACAGCUUUAAUGUAGUGAGGCAGCAACUCCAGCGAAUUCACCAAAUGAAGAAGCGUCAUUGCACCGUUCCGGUUAUCAUUGUUGGUAACAAAAGGGACUUGCAGCACAGAAGGGAAAUCCCCAGCGAGGAAGGUAGACUACUAGCCAUCUCGUCAGAUUGUGACUUCUUUGAAACCUCAGCUGCCGAGACCUACCAUGGCUCUCUGGUGGUCUUCCACCAACUCCUUGAGAGUCUUCGGGAGUCCAGGAACUCUAAUAAGAAAAAUACCGGCAUCAAGGGCAUUGUACGUAGCAUGUCGGCCGUUUUUGGGAGAAGGCGAACAGAGUGAACAAAGAACUGCGCCAGACCCAAACAUUCAACU